UGCCGGGCGCUGAGCGCCGCCGCCCCCGCCCGCUCGCGCCGGUCCCCGUGCCCAGUCCCCAGCCAUCCCCGCGCCCCAGGCCCGCGGGAGGAUGCGGCGGCGCUCGCGCGUGCUGUUGUGCUUCGCACUGCUUUGGGUGCUGGGUAUCGCCUACUACAUGUACUCGGGGGGCGGCUCCGCGCUGGCUGCGGGCGGCAGCAGGAAGGAGGACUGGAAUGAAAUUGACCCUAUUAAAAAGAAAGACCUUCAUCACAGCAAUGGAGAUGAAAAAGCACAGAGCAUGGAGACUCUGCCUCCAGGGAAAGUACGGUGGCCAGACUUUAACCAGGAAGCCUACGUUGGGGGGACAAUGGUUCGCUCUGGGCAGGACCCGUAUGCCCGCAACAAGUUUAAUCAGGUGGAGAGCGAUAAGCUGCGCAUGGACAGAGCCAUCCCUGACACUCGACACGAGCAGUGCCAGAGAAAGCAGUGGAGGGUGGACUUGCCAGCCACCAGUGUGGUGAUCACAUUCCACAAUGAAGCCAGGUCGGCCUUGCUGAGGACAGUGGUCAGUGUAUUGAAGAGAAGUCCACCCCAUCUCAUAAAAGAGAUCAUCUUGGUGGACGACUACAGCAAUGACCCUGAGGAUGGGGCCCUCUUGGGGAAAAUUGAGAAAGUUCGGGUUCUGAGGAAUGAUCGCCGAGAAGGUCUGAUGCGCUCCCGGGUCCGGGGCGCUGAUGCUGCCCAGGCCAAGGUCCUGACCUUUCUGGACAGCCACUGUGAGUGUAAUGAGCACUGGCUGGAGCCGCUGCUGGAGCGGGUUGCUGAGGACAGGACUCGAGUGGUGUCACCCAUCAUCGAUGUCAUCAACAUGGACAACUUUCAGUAUGUGGGGGCCUCCGCUGACCUGAAGGGCGGGUUUGACUGGAACCUGGUGUUCAAAUGGGAUUACAUGACACCAGAGCAGAGGAGGUCACGGCAAGGGAACCCGGUGGCCCCCAUUAAAACUCCCAUGAUUGCUGGUGGACUGUUCGUGAUGGACAAGCUGUACUUUGAAGAGCUGGGGAAGUAUGACAUGAUGAUGGAUGUAUGGGGAGGAGAGAACCUGGAGAUCUCCUUCCGCGUGUGGCAGUGCGGUGGCAGCCUGGAGAUCAUCCCCUGUAGCCGUGUGGGACAUGUAUUCCGGAAGCAGCACCCCUAUACCUUCCCAGGUGGCAGUGGCACUGUCUUUGCCCGCAACACUCGCCGGGCAGCAGAGGUCUGGAUGGAUGAGUAUAAGAACUUCUAUUAUGCAGCAGUGCCUUCAGCCAGAAAUGUUCCAUAUGGGAACAUUCAGAGCAGACUGGAGCUCAGGAAGCGGCUUGGCUGCCGGCCCUUCCAGUGGUACCUGGAGAAUGUCUACCCGGAGUUGAGGGUUCCAGACCAUCAAGACAUAGCUUUUGGGGCCUUGCAGCAAGGGACCAACUGCCUUGAUACAUUGGGACACUUUGCUGAUGGUGUCGUUGGAAUUUACGAGUGUCACAAUGCUGGGGGAAACCAGGAAUGGGCCUUGACGAAGGAGAAGUCAGUGAAGCACAUGGACUUGUGCCUUACAGUGGUGGACCGGGCACCUGGUGCUCUUGUCAAGCUACAGGGCUGCCGGGAGAAUGACAGCAGACAGAAGUGGGAGCAGAUUGAGAGCAACUCUAAGCUUCGGCACGUGGGCAGCAACCUGUGUCUGGACAGCCGGACGGCCAAGAGCGGCGGCCUGAGCGUGGAGGUGUGCGGCCCAGCGCUCUCACAGCAGUGGAAGUUCUCGCUCAACCUGCAGCAGUAGCAGCCCAGAACCCACACCUGCUGCCGAACCACUGGCCACGCUGGUGAUCACGUUAUCGAUUAAGUUUCUUAAACUUUCCGCGAAACUAUAUACCUCAGUAUUCCAUCAUGGUCUGAAAGCCGGAGAGCUCCCGCAAGGCGCAGCUGUGCUGACAGAUGCAGUGGCGGCCAGGAGUCAGCCGCUCUGCUGGGGCGCAGCUGGCCCCUCCUGUGGCCGCCCUCCUCCUCCUCUUGCUCAGUACCAAGGAGCCACCCGGCCGAGGCACACAGCGGAGAAGCAGCUCUGUGGGCGCAGUGGCAAAGGGAGGAAGGUGCACAGCACCCUCGGAGCAAAAACUCUCAAAACCGCCACUUGAUCCAGCAGAGUCAUGUGGGUCCCACAACACGGCUCACGUCAUUGCAGGUCCCGUCACCCCUCUGCGCCUCCAGGCCCAGCGCCCCCUCUUCCACUGAUGUGCUUGCUGUAUUUGAACGUGACUUUUCUAUGGUGGGACACUAAAUAUAAAUAUAUAUAAAAAGAGAAUGUACGGUCAGUUCCCCACAGUCUCUCUAGGUCGCUUCUCUCCUCACAGCACAGUGCAUGUCAAGGUGGAGGGGCCACCUGUCCUUUGUCCCUUGGAGCCUCAGCUAGGAGGUGCUACUGUGGCCAGCAGGGGCCUGCCAGAACCCCGACCCCAGCCCAUGGGCAUCUCUGUGUGUCCUCCAUGUGGGAGUUGCUGCUGUGUAUUGGAAAAUCCACUUGUGUCUCUUGUUAUCCAUAAACCCAGAUAGGUUACUUGGUAUUGCUUUGGAUUUUUUUAAAUUAAAUUUUUUUCUUCUUUAGAGGAAAAAACCCAAUCCCACAGCUCCUAAUAUGAUCUGGGAGUGUCCCCACUGCUGUGGGACAGGGCAGACCUGUGACCCGAGAUAGCUGUGACAUACUAAUGGGGCACUAGUGGGAGUCUGAGACCAUAUAACAGGCCUUCAGAACUGACACUUGGAGGCAGAGCGCUGGCCAUGCACCCCCUGACCUGCACAUUUAGUAUCCUGUUACCCAGAACCCCCACACAUGCUGCCCAGGGGCUUGAGUACAGCUGGGAGGAGUCAGAGCCACCCAGUCCAAUGCCAUCCAGUGAGGACUUGGGUGUGAGACAGCAGCCACAUCCUGUAUGAGGCACAGGUAGAGAGGACUUGGUCGCAGUGAUGGGAAGAGUUGCCUGGGCACCAGCCUCAGGUACAUUAAUGUCCCUGCAGAGCCGCAUUGACUUUUUGGUGUCCCUGUCAUGACACAGCCCCAGCCCCAUCACUCACAUGGUCCCCGCCCUGCCACCUCCGUCUCUUCUCUCCCAUGAAGGCGUCCAUUCUCAGAGCUGGUUGAGCUAAUGGUGCCCAUGAGAGCUGUGGAGGCUGUGGUGACCUGGUGGUGACCUGUAGUGAUCGGUGACCUGGAGUCACCGAUGGCACACCCUUCCUGCUGGUCCCUUCUCUCCUCCACUGCCAGCCCCAUGUGAACAGCUGACCAUAGGCUCUCAGGAGGCCUGGCCAGGUGGUCACCCUGUGUCUCAUUUGCUCCUUGCCAACCAGUCAGACACACCUUAGAGGCUGGUAGCUGUGUGCCAGGUGAACUCCACACACUGCCAUCUUCCCAGGUGGGCUUCAAGGGAGAUCACACAUGGGGACAGGUGGAGGCUCAGGGCCACAGGGCAGGUCAGGGUACAGUCUGCUGCUCACUCCAGCACUUGGGCUCUGGUCACACCCCGUCACCUAUAAGCUGCUUUGUCCAAAAAAACCCAUGAGGGGCAGACGGGGCUGGUUUCUGAUGGAGCUUGUUGAGGGCACGUGGGCCCCUAGCUCUCACCUGUGCAUCCGCUGUGUUGUCUGGCCACUUGGGGGCACCAUGUGGGUGGCUUCCAUCUGAGGCCUCUGGGCCGGACCUCAAGGUGAGCCCCGUUUACAGGACACAGCGUGCCAAAGUGACUUACUUGCUCGUGUUAUUUUGUAGUCCUCGGGACUGUCCCACUCUCUCACUCCUGUUUCUAAAACAAACUUCCCAAGAGCUGUCCCAGCACAGCAGGCAGAGAUUGUCGUCUUCUCUGUGGUCCUUGUAUCUCCUUAAAAGCUGAAAUGAUGGUAUCUGUGGGUGUGUUUUGCAAAUUUAAAAUAUAGUUUGGUAAUUUUUUUCCAGUUGAUUUUUAAAAAGAACUGCUGUACAGAGCUUGUACUUUGUCCAUUUUAUAGAUGGAAACCAUCCUUGAAAUUGUUUAACUUAAAUAAAGAAAAAGAUGCUUUAUA